AUCACUAGUUCCGGAUCACUUGAAUGUGGGGCGAAAUUAAAUGGAGACAUGAAUUUAUCAGAUCCGUAAACAAUGUCCGUUAUUGCUCAAGAGUACGAGAUUAAAUCAUAUGUGGGCGGGCAAUCACAUGAUUGAUGGGAAGAAAUAGUUUUAACUGAAGCCAGGCUGCGAUACCCAGCUGCGCAGAUUCCGACUAAGAUCCUGAAAGUGUUCAGUCGUCUGUCAAUAACCUCUGCAGAGAGACUCAAGUCAGCGUCAUGUGGAAAGGACUUUUUCAAGCAGUGGUGGUGGUGGUGCUGGUGGCCUGCUGUGUGGGUGAACAGCAUCCAACAUGUCAGCUGUGGAAGAGGAUGGCUCACCAGCUGUCCAACGAACCCAGGAAACAGAUGACUUGCUUCGCCAAUGACACAGACCCUUGCACCAGUCUGAGAUGCUCAGGGACAUACAAGUACACUUCGUUCAUGCCGGACUCGUCGGACAUCGAGGUUGACUACUGCUUCGGAAUGCGGCUGAACCACUGUGACAACCCAGUCUCCAUGGACAUCUACCUGGUCGUACCCAACAAGAACAUGAGUUACAACAAGAGGAUCUCCCACAACACACAGAUCCAGAUGCCUGGGUUGUCCUUCCACCUGAGGAGCCUGGGAACAGUGGAUGUGUUCCUGUACUUCUACAUGCUGAGGAACGCCUCCACCAUCCAAAUGUCGAUCACAGCCAAAUUCAGGAUAACAUCUUUUAUGAGAACGAUCAUGUGGCCACCAUCGCUGCAGAAAGAGAUUGUCCCCAUGGAGAGUAUCCCUGUACCCCCCUGCCUCAAUGGUUCCACCCCCUCCCCACCUACCACACUGCCCAUGGGAAGCUGCCACCCCCCGAGAUGGGUCGCGCCAACGUAUCCCCCGGGAGUCUCCUCCACGCCCUACACUCCACACAGCAACAAGAACGUGUCGAACACCUUCAACCACACCUGUCAAGAGGACACGUUUAUCUGCAGCCCGAAGGAAGCGUGUGACCUCGGAACAAGCAGAUGCGUCUGUCGACCCAACUUUCAAUACGACCCCAGGAAAAGAAGAUGUGAGUCCAAGAACCGCAUGGGUAUGACCUGUUCCUACCCGCGUCAGUGCGGCCCCAACGAGGACUGCAUCCAGGGGAGGUGCAAGUGUAAGAAGGGGUACACCUUCUCCAUCUUCCAAGAAGUCUGCAAUGUUGGAGUUCCCAGAGACUCAACGGUCAGCCCCCCGGUCCCUGAGAGACCCCAUGUGGUCACUAUGCCCAGCAAACAACAACCACUGACCGGAGCCCCUCCUACCAACAACAACACAGCCAUCAUCUCGGCAUCUGUCGUUGGCGGCGUCCUGGUCCUCUGCCUCAUCUGCAUGGUCGUCUUCUUCCUCGUCAAACGCGUCCGUCGCCCCUACCAGGACCGCGAGAUUCUGCUGUCCAAUGACGACACCGACGUCAUCAUGUAACAUGGCGCCUACAGCAACGGAAACAGAUCUGAGAUUAAUGAUGACACCAGGUCCCCGUUCCACAAAGCAAUUGUAGUGCUACAACUGUCGUAAGUCUAUGUUAAAGAAUGGGAGUUACGAUCAUCUUAGCGCUACGAUCGCUUUGUGGAACAGGGGCUGGUGUCCUGUGUUAAUGUCAUCUGAAUGUCGGUGACGACAUCAAGUUAAUGCUAACCUCAGCUGUACGAGGAGCUUGGCAUCAAUUAAGUGUCGACAUUGACAAGAAUGUCUGAUAUUUUAAAUAAGUGAUAUCCCAAUGCUAUAUCAACUAGGUUUUAGUGUCAACAUUGUCAUUGCUGACAUCAUUAAUGUGAAUUUUGACAAUUUGUCAGUAUUGAACUCCGCUAUAUUUCAGUACUGACAAAGUCUCUUGUUCAAUGAUGACAUCAGGUAUAUCUCAGUGUGACAAUUAAAAUGUCAAUGUACGUCUGCAGACUUAUAUUCCAAAACAAGCAUUAUUUAAGUUUAUAGCAUUUUGUAAGACCAGAAAUUGCCAAGUUCAAAACUGCACAAAAGAUUGUCCAAUUCAGUUUAUCUGUUCACCUUGAAUCAGUCAAAUUAUUGGUCCUUGUUCACCCUGAAGCGGCCGAUCUGAUCGAGUGCCUUACUGCUGUCCACUCAACUCUGGCCUCAAUUACAGAGGGCAUCAGUUCCAAGGUUUUCCUAGAUGUUCCAAACAUCUUGUUCAAAUUCGAUUAGGCAGGAUAGCAGAUCAAUAAUCGAUUGAUCCAUCUGUCCAGAUCAAAUUAUUGGCUGAUUACUUGACUGAUUAUUUGACUGAUUGUUUUCCUGAUUAUUGACUGAUUUUUUGCCUAAUUACUCGACUGUUUACUUACCUGAUUACUCAACUGAUUAUUAUCCUGAUUACUUGAUUGAUAACUAACCUGAUUACUCGACUGAUUACUUACCUGAUUACCUGACUGAUUACUUGCCUGAUUACUCGACUGAUUAUUUGCCUGAUUACUUGAUUGAUUACUAACCUGAUUACUUGAUUGAUUACUAACCUGAUUACUCGACUGAUUACUUGCCUGAUUACUUGAUUGAUUACUUACCUGAUUACUCGACUUAUUAUUUGCCUGAUUACUCGACUGAUUAUUGCCUGAUUACAAGGCAGAUUACUCGACAUAUUACUUGCCAGAUUACUUGACUUAUUAUUUACCUAAUUGCUCGACUGAUUAUUGCCUGAUUACUCGACAGAUUACUCGACUGAUUACCCCUUUAACAACCAGUUAAACAGCUCCAUGGAGAUGAUUCAACUGUAGUUUGAGCUGUUUUUUACACAAUAAAAAUGUCAGUCUCUCUCACUGUAAACAUGACUUUGGAUUUCACCAGCUGUGGAAUUGCUUGUCUAACUCUAAUGUACAUUUGUCAGCAAUUCAACUGAACUGUCACAUACAUCUGUGUUUCCUGUGUUAGAGAUUAAGGGAAUACUUGAGACUUCUACCAGAUGUUCGUACCAUAUUCCAUGUUAAGCGCCCUGAUCUGGUAAGCGACCCAUGACCAACUCCUGGACCAAUCUGUAUGUAAUCUUUACAAACGCCCCUACCAGGGCUCAGCAUUAUAUGUUAAGGCUGGGACGGGUAACUCGGCUCCUCGGUCCGGGUGGGUACUGAUUAUGAUGGGUGGGUAUUGAUUACUAACCUGAUUACUCGACUGAUUACUUGCCUGAUUACUUGAUUGAUUAUUUACCUGAUUACUUGAUUGAUUACUUACCUGAUUACUCGACUGAUUACUUGCCUGAUUACUUGAUUGAUUACUUGCCUGAUUACUUGAUUGAUUACUUGCCUGAUUACUCGACUGAUUACUUACCUGAUUACUCGACUGAUUACUUACCUGAUUACUCGACUGAUUAUUUGCCUGAUUACUCGACUGAUAAUUGCCACUUCGAAGUGGUAAAUCAAUCAAGUAAUCAGGUUAGUAAUCAAUCAAGUAAUCAGGCAAAUAAUCAGUCGAGUAAUCAGGCAAAUAAUCAGUCCA